AUGACUCAACUGAUGUUUCUAUUUGAAAGCAGCUUUUCAUCUUUACUGAAAGCAUGCGGCACAGAGACUGUUGACAUAGCAGACAUUAGCUCCAUGAGUCAGAGUGAACGAAAUGGAUUUAAUAUGCGUUAUCUUGUCCGGAAAUCUACCUUGGACUUUGUUGAUACCACCUUCCGGUGA